AUGGCCUCACUGAGAUCAAUAUCAGUAGAGGAUCUAUCUGGCUUCGGUGGGAUCGACGCUCCACCUGCCCGCCUCGUGCUUGAAGAUGGCCGUGUCUUCAAUGGGUAUUCGUUCGGUUACCCUCAAAGCACAUCUGGCGAAGUUGUAUUCAACACAGGAAUGGUUGGUUACCCUGAAGCGUUAACAGAUCCCUCCUACUGUGGUCAAAUUCUCACUUUGACAUUUCCACUUGUUGGAAAUUAUGGUGUAGCUGAGGACGUCUUAGAUGAAAAUGGAUUGCCGAAAUACUUCGAGGGAAAUAAAAUCUUCGUGCGCGGUUUGAUUGUCGCUGACUACUCGUAUACUGCGUCUCACUAUGCGUCGAAGCGGACAUUGGGACAAUGGCUAUCUGAACACAAGAUCCCUGGAGUCGGAGGUAUCGAUACCCGGGCUGUCACCAAACAUAUUCGUCAGCAUGGCGCAAUGCUUGGUCGAAUUUUGAUUGGUGACGCAAUUCCUUCAUCCAUUCCGUUGGAUGAUCCAAAUUUAAGAAAUCUUGUUGAAGAAGUUUCCAGCAAAGAUGUUCGGAUUUUUCAUUCAAAGGCUUUCAAGACGGGCUAUCGAAUCCUCGUCGUGGAUUGUGGGAUUAAAUUAAACAUCAUUCGGCAUUUUCUUUCUCAAGACUCUGCCCCCCUUGAAGUCAUUGUUGUCCCAUGGGACGAUCCUUUUGGUGAUCGAGAUCCAGCAUCUUACGACGGCCUCUUCUUAUCAAACGGUCCUGGGGAUCCCAUGAAGUGCGACAUCACGAUAGAGAACAUCAAAAAAGUCAUGCAAUUGGGAAAACCGAUUUUUGGAAUCUGUUUGGGAAAUCAAUUGCUCGCUCUUGCUUCUGGAGCCAAAACAUUCAAAAUGAAAUUCGGAAAUAGAGGAAUGAAUCAACCCGUAGUGGACCUCCGGACAACUCGAUGUUACAUCACUCCGCAGAAUCACGGAUUUGCUGUUGAUGCUAAAAGUUUAACACAAGGAUGGAAGGAAGUCUUCAUCAACGCAAAUGAUCAAACAAACGAGGGAAUCACACACACAUCGAUGCCAUGGCUCUCCGUUCAAUUUCAUCCAGAGGCUUGCGGCGGACCAACAGAUACGUGGUUCCUAUUCGAGCAGUUUUUGUAUCAAAUUCAGAGUGGGAAUCGUUCCCCUCCAGUCCACACAAUUCCGAUCAGUUUCCCAGUCCAGCGUCUUAGAGUUUUACUUGGAAGCGGGGGUUUGUCCAUCGGCCAAGCGGGGGAAUUUGACUACAACGGGAGUCAAGCGAUCAAGGCCUUAAAAGAGUCUAACCUUGAAGUAAUUCUCGUGAAUCCCAACAUCGCGACUGUCCAAACCUCUUCACAUCUUGCCGAUCGAGUUUAUUUCGUUCCUGUUCUUCCCACAUUUGUUGAGAAAGUCAUUCGCCGUGAAAGACCUCAAGGGAUUCUCUGCGGAUUUGGAGGACAAACGGCACUGAACUGUGCAGUGGAGCUUCAUCGUCGCGAUGUUCUUCAUAAAUACAAGUGCGAGGUUCUCGGUACUCCCAUAUCAUCAAUCAUCCAAACUGAGGAUCGAGAUCUAUUUGCCAAGCGAUUGAAAGACAUCGGCGAACGUUGCGCACCAAGUUGUGCAGCACGGACUUUAGACGAGUGUCGAGUUGCCGGAAACUUGCUUGGAUUUCCUGUUCUCGUUCGCGCCGCCUUCUCCCUUGGCGGGUUGGGAAGUGGUUUUGCUGAAGACGAAGAAUCGUUAAUCAGUUUAUGCAAGGAGGCAUUCAAUCAUUCGAAGCAGGUUCUUAUCGAUAAAAGUCUGCGGGGAUGGAAAGAGAUCGAAUACGAAGUUGUUCGUGAUUGCAAAGACAAUUGCAUUACUGUGUGUAAUAUGGAAAAUUUCGAUCCGCUGGGAAUUCAUACUGGCGACUCAAUCGUAGUCGCACCAUCUCAAACAUUAUCAAACAACGAGUUCUAUAAAUUACGAGAAACCGCAAUAAAGGUGGUUCGGCACUUCGGAAUCGUCGGGGAGUGUAACAUCCAAUACGCAGUUGAUCCUCAUUCAGACGAAUAUUUUAUCGUCGAAGUUAACGCAAGACUCUCAAGAAGUUCCGCACUUGCGUCGAAAGCAACGGGGUAUCCUUUGGCGUAUAUUGCUGCAAAAUUGGGACUUGGCAUCGACUUGUUACAAAUUCGGAAUGCUGUUACAAGAACGACGUCUGCAUGUUUCGAGCCUGCGCUAGAUUACGUGAUUACGAAAGUGCCACGGUGGGAUCUGGCGAAAUUUGCUUACGUUGAUAAAACAAUGGGAUCCUCGAUGAAAUCGGUUGGAGAGGUCAUGGCGGUCGGUCGAACAUUUGAGGAGUCUUUCCAGAAAGCUCUUCGUAUGGUUGAUGAAAAUGCGAGAGGAUUUGAUCAUGAUCGAUACAAAGAGUCCUCGCUUGAAGAACUCAAAGCUGAACUGCGAGAACCUUCACCGGCAAGAGUUUGGGCGAUAGCGCGCGCGUUCCAUUGCGGGGUAUCUGUAGAAGAGGUUUUCCAGCUGACACGAAUCGAUCGAUGGUUUUUAUCCAAACUCUAUCGGAUCCAUCUUGUUGACUCUCGUCUUUCUCGUUCAACUAUCGACAAUUUAAAUGAAGACAAUCUUCGUUCGCUGAAGAUUCUAGGAUUUUCUGAUCGUCAUAUCGGAUUCCGACUCAAACCUUCCGUUCCAGAAGAACAAAUUCGUAAUCUACGCAUUUCGAUGAACAUCCGACCAAGCGUCAAGCAGAUUGACACCCUAGCUGCUGAAUUCCCUGCAGCUACCAACUAUCUCUAUCUCACCUAUCAGGGCAUCGAGCACGAUGUCGACCCUCUGUCCAUGGUGUCAUGCCGAUCUCCCGUCGAGAGCCCCCGUAAAUCCGGAACGAGGUCACGACUACAGUCGAACGAAAGCGACAACUCGGAAGCCCCACGGUCUCCGGUUCUCAAAUCACCGACAUCUGUCUCCGCCACAUUGUAAGUAGGUUUGUUUUCAUCAAAUGAUUUUAUUCCUUAUAGCAACUCAAAUCUCGUCCAUUCGGAUCGUGGUCCUAUUAUCGUUCUCGGGUGUGGUUGUUAUCGUAUCGGAUCUUCUGUUGAAUUUGAUUGGUCUGCAAUGUCAUGUGUUCGUACUCUUCGUUCUUUGGGACAUAAAGCGAUUGUCAUCAAUUGUAAUCCAGAAACAGUGUCUACUGAUUAUGACGAAUCCGACAGAUUGUUUUUCGAAGUUCUUGAUCUCGAAACUGUUCUCGAAAUUUGUCACUUCGAAUCUCCAGAUGGAGUUGUUGUUUCUGUCGGAGGGCAAACUCCCAACAAUCUGUCCUUAGGUGCGUAUUUAUUGUCCCUCCCAUUGGGUUCAUUAUGUUCAUCAGAUCUUGAUAAAUAUGGAGUGACGAUUCUUGGGACAUCCGUUAAAUCCAUUGAUCAAGCAGAAGAUCGUCAUAAAUUCAGUCAGCUCUGUGAUUCGCUUGGAAUCGAUCAGCCAGCUUGGAGCGCUUUCACAUCAUUCGAUGCGGCUCUGUCCUUCGCGAAAUCUGUUGGAUACCCCGUUCUUGUCCGUCCCUCUUACGUUCUCUCUGGCGCUGCGAUGAGAGUCGUUGUUGCAUCAUCAGAGUUAAAAAAUUUUUUAAUGGGUGCCGCUCAAGUCAGCCCGGACCACCCGGUUGUCAUAUCAAAGUAUAUCGACAACGCGAAAGAAGUCGAAAUGGACGCAGUUGCUUCGGGAGGCGAAAUAUUGAACUACGCGAUAUCCGAGCAUGUCGAAAACGCAGGAGUCCAUUCCGGAGACGCAACGUUAAUUCUACCUGCUCAAAAACUCUACACUGAAACUAUCAGGCAAGUGAGACGAAUCAGCCAGAAAAUUGCGAAGGCCCUCGCUAUUUCUGGUCCAUUCAACAUUCAAUUCAUGUGCAAGAAAAACACUGUCCAAGUGAUUGAGUGCAAUUUGAGGGCAUCAAGAACGUUUCCAUUCAUAUCAAAAACAUUUAAUCUCGAUUUUAUUGAACUAGCAACGAGAGUCAUGGUGAAAGCCCCAGUGCGUUCGCAGGUGAUCAACUUGAACGACUUGGAUUUUGUUGGUGUGAAGGCACCCGUUUUCUCCUUCACCCGAUUGCGACGCGCUGAUCCGAUUCUCGGCGUAGAAAUGAGAUCCACCGGGGAAGUGGCUUGCUUUGGGACAUCCAAAUACGAAGCACUAUUGAAGGCGAUGCUUGCAUCGGGCUUCAAAAUGCCUGGAAAAAGUGCUCUUCUUUCGGUUGGGACAUUCGCAGCCAAGGUCGAAUUUCUCAGUGAAGCUCGUUUGAUGUGCGACCUCGGAUUUACGAUCUUCGCCACUCCGGGCACGUAUGAUUUUUUGAAAGAGUCGGAUGAGUUGUAUAAGCAAGGAGAUGACAAUGAAGACGAUGAGGACGUGAACCAGCGACAUGAGCAGCAGGGCAUUUUGAUGCGUCGCGCUGAAACACCUAAAAUCAAGACAGACGGUCAAAGCUCAAGUUUCCGAACGCCAUCUAAAUCAAGCCUUAUCCAGGAAUUGCUUGCCACCCCUUCUGUUGGCGAAGACAGGUUUAGUGGCAAAUUGUUUAAAGCGCACAAACCACGGCACCCGGAAAAGCCAAAUGCAGUUGAAUUGAUCGAGACCGGAAAGGUUUCAAUUGUGAUUAACAUUUCUGGAAGUUUGGAGGCACGAUCUUCAGAAUCUGCAGGUUAUCAGAUUCGACGUUCUGCAGUUAAUUGUGGCGUUCCUCUUAUUACGGAUUUGAAAGUUGCGCGAAUGUUCGUCGAAGCGAUCAAGAAGCAUGACGAGGCUGAACGUUCAGGCCGUCCAUUUUGGGAAAUUAAAUCUUGGGACGAAUACGUUAUUGGAAUGUAG